AUGGCAUGGAUUCAGCCAUCACGAGACUGGUUUGGUGGCGGAGGAGGCGGCGACGACAGGAGACCAACAGGAGGCUCUAAGAGGAAUCUGCCAGCAGAUAAAUUGGAUUUUUCCAGAAAAAAGAGGGCUCGUAAAACGAAAAAAGACAACUCACCCGAUGAGAAAGGAGAAGAGUACACGAAAAAUCGAAAUUGGAGAGAUAUAGGAAGAAGGAAAAAUGCCGCUUGGAUUCGAGAUUAUAAUCGUAUAUUCAGUCGAGUGAUCGAUGGAGGAGAACUUCGAGCAUUAAGAGACACCGAUCCGGGAUAUAAGGGCAGAGAUUAUGAACUCGCUUUGUGUCGCGUGUUGGGAGAACAAAGAAAAGUUGAUAUCGAUCAGCAGGCAUUACGCCAGGAAUUGUAUCGACUUUUUACUUAUGUUAUUCCCCUCGAACGACUCUUGCUCAGCUUGGAAGCGGAACAAGUCGAGCCGGAAUGGUUCGCUCUGACACUAUUCGACCCGCAUCGAUCACACUUAUUUGAUAAUAUCGUGUUCGAAAAUCCGCGGAAAGAACAAAGAAGAUAUGAAAAUCAUCAGAAGAAAUUGAAGGAAGAGAAAGAGAAAAAAGACAAAGAGAGCGGUCCAAAAAAGUGA